AGAGAAGAAAUUUAAGUCAAACCGUUUUCACUCGUCCGACAUUCUUCUUCCUUGAAAUUUAAUCGUAGAAGUCUUGAAUCGUUUCGCCCGUUUGUAACUGAUCUUCAGAUUUGUUUCACGAAUAUAUAAGGAGAAGCAUUUUUUCACUCUCCGUUCAUUUGAGACAAGACCACACUUUCACUGGACCCCAGUUGCAACACAAAAAUCAUCAAGAUGAAGGAGUCAUUCUCUACUUGCCUUUUUUCAUGCCUGCUUGCGGUAGUCUGGCUUGUCUCAGGGGCAUAUGCGGCAUCGAGCAGUUCUGGGGCCGUGUAUUAGUAUUGCUUACUUACGACCUGCUAGUAGUUGUGUCAUAAGAUUAUCAAAGUAUGCAUCUACUUCAUUCUUCAUGAAAAACAUCAAUAACGCUUUAACAUAAUGCGUUCCUUUGUUCACUUUCAUCUCUUCCCAGUCACACUCUACAUCUACCUACUCUAGUUCAACUCUUGUUCACUUUUACUUUUUUCCGACCAAAAAACACUACAGCACAACAAACCCCGAAGGACCUCCAAGAACGGAACAAAUAUCCAUCGGCUCUUUCGCUGCACCUCCCAGCGGUGCCCCUUCAUCCACUGGCCGUUGUAGCAGUCGAGGACUAGACUUGUACGACACUUUCCUCGAUUUUUUUGAGGGUGGUUCUGACCCUUCCAUGGUAGCGCAUCUGAUCAGUUUCAGCAUCGAUCAGGGGCUGAGGAGUACGGACUCGAUUAUUGCUUUAUUUCAUUCGCUAGAACGGGUAGCAGAUCGACUCCCCCUAAUGGGCAUCCAUGCUGGCGGUAUUAGCCCAAGUGCACGAAGCCUUGCUGCUUCUUUGGCUUCAUCAUUAAGGCUCAACUUUCAUUGGUCGUAGAGGUUGGUCACUGAAAUCGAAGACGAAGAGGCGACCUCCCCUUGAGAGUAGAACAGCGGAAAUAAAUGAAGGGAAACUUUCGUUGUGUAAAUGGAGGGAAACUUUCUCUCACCUUUCAAACCAAAGGGGAGAGCCUUGGAGGGGGUUUCUUCCGUUCAUCAGAGUCAGUGACCAAUGAAGGCUGCGCUUUAAAAAUUGGAAUUGGAGGAGGUGAGUCGUUUCUUUCUAGCAUUGGUGGAGGGGCGAGGAGCGUUGUAGGUGGUGCUGGAGGAGGAAGUGCAAGUUUCAUCAGCGCUCCAGGAGACGGCCCAGUGCCAGGAGGUGCUGGAUUGGAUAUGGGAUUCGGCACCCAACAGCAACAACACGCUAGCAGUAUUAUGUUGGGUGUAGCGUGUGGGGUAUUCAUCUCCUAAGUCAUCUGGAAGUCAUCAUCUCCAAAUGAGUCAUCUGGAACUGGAAGAGAAAGAUAAGAGGAAAAAGGGACCCAAAUAAUCUUCCCUGAGAUGAACAAUUCCCGAAGAUACCUCUAACAUUUGUAGCACCCAUUCCUUCACAUCCUCCUUGGAGGGAGGUGGACCAGCAGGAAACGGCACAGGAGCAAGUAGGACUACCACGACCCAGUUCAACCAACUACAGAUAUCAACCGGAACAACAGCUACGCCAGCUAGUGUCCGUGAUCGGAGUGCCAGUGGAUCGAGUUCUUACCUUCUUGGAGAUAGGGGUAGCGGGGUAAACAUGAUGAUCCCCUCACCGAUGCCAUCAACGGUGGGCCCAACCGUUCCAGAAGCGUCUCAACCUUUUUUAGCUACGCAGACUAGUGGAAGCAUGAUGGAACCAAUGAGCCCAGAAGAAAUCCAAGAACUACAGGCUUAUCAACAAAAUCCAGUAGAUCCAGUGUCUGGCUCUGUAGUGGAGAGAGUAAACGAUACACAAGCGAUGGUGCAACAACACUUAUGCUUUGGUAGCUACAAGCUGGUGUAGUGAAGAAGCAAUAAAGUUACUUAAGUAGUAAUAAAUGUCUUCAAACCAGUUUGCCGAUAUGCAUAUUGAUGCCCGUCAUUGUCAUUCUACUAAGAUAAGUGAACAUCGUCUUCGUCAGUUUGACCCACCCUCAACAUGCACAACAGAAGACUCUAACAAACCAAGCUUUCUAUGACCCCCAGAGGAGCACGGCAGGGGUCUUAAUCCCCUGCGCACCUCCACCGACCAUCUCGCAGCUCGAACCUACGUCGGCAAAUGCUUCCGUCGUGGGAGCAGGUCAGCAUCAACAAGAAGAUGCAAGAGGAGUAGCAGGACUUGUUCUACCUAUUGCUUCCCGAGGAGAAGCGGGAGGAGGACAGUUCCAGCAACAACACGGCGCUUCAAGUGGUGCUCCCCACAACGGUGCAGUAGAGACUUCCCAGCAAGACGCUGGAGACCCAGUCUCAACCACUAACCUCAGCGAUCGUGUGAACUACACACCAAUCACUGAUCGAGCUUUCCGCAGCUCUUGGCCUCGUUGUCAAUUGCAACCUCCAGAACCACUGACAACACACAUGCAUUAUGAUGUGGAUUUGCUAGCUGACGAAGGAGGUAUUGUAGGACAAGGACAAGGAGGUAUUGUAGGACAAGGGCAUGGUGGCACCACGACAGGUACAGGCAAUGGCGGUACUGGUUCAGGUACUGGUUCAGGUACAGGAGCUACUGCCAGUCGUGCAAGUGAAUCUAGAUCCAGCAGUAUGAUUGCAAAUACCGGUAGUGGGUCAGGCUUGCCUUCAGUCAGCGUCCCUGUUGAUUCCCAGUGUCUCUCUGGAUCCCCUGACGGAACUGUUGGCGGCAUUCUCUGUCCUUCAUCAGACGCUGUGCCAUUGCCGCGUGCUGACGCAACAAGUUUUUCCAGUUUCUCAGGAGGUCGUGAAGAUGUGCCGAGUACUACUGGCAGACGUAGCCAAGCAACGCAGUCUACAACUAGAACGAAACGAUGUGGAGGGUCACGAAGGGCUGAACGUCGAGAUGCAGCGCGACGUCAAACAGAGUACACUAGUUUUGAAGAUCCACCUGUCAUAGGUCCUGCAGAAGAAAGGCUCGCACAUGAAAGAGGAUUCACUCAAAAGUUGUCUAAAUGUAGUCAACAAAUGAAGCUAGCCAAACAGCAGCAACAGCAGGCUGAGCAAGAACGUCAGUCUCCACCUCACUACAACAUUGCUACUCCAAGCGACGGCCCAUCAACCUUCACUACACCACGACAACCAAUUAUUACAAGCGGAGAUGCAGCUCAACCGUGUCUCGACGCUUCUCGACCAAGACGAGAAGAGACUCGUUGUUGCACUGGUUCAUUCGUAAGCAGACCGACAGGCCAACAGCAACGAGCACAACCUGGAACUCUUGUAGGUUCCCAAACCACGACAGCUGCUCGUAGUCCACCAUCUUCCACUUCUUGUUCCCAUCAUAGUACUAGUAAAAACCUAGUCAACAACUGGCAUCGCGUUGAAGUCGAUUUGUUUCAACCAGCUAUGGGCAGACGUUGGGGACGCAUCACUGUGCAGCGUAGAGACGAUCGAUGCAGAGAUGGAGCAACUAGAACUUCUAGAAGAGGUAGGUCUAGCUCUUGUGGUCGUGGUGAAAGUUCCAAUGCCGCUUCUGGAUCAGGAAGGCAACGUCCGCUGCCCUUCCAACGUGGUCUAUGCUGUUUGAAAAAACUCUUCAAGAGACGCUCACGAGGUGGCUGUGGAGACGACGAAGAUGGUCCGGGUGGGGGCAACGUGUUGCGGGUGUCGCAGGUUUUGGUCCAGAUAGGCGAGUCGGAACAAGAUGCAGUGCUCUGGAAGUUUACGAACAGGGUCAAAAUGCUAGUGUGAAGAAGCACGCAAAUCAUGUGAUGAAGCACGCAUCUAGAAGCGUGAGGAUGAAUAUGACGCUUGAUGUUACGCAUAUCCUUAUGUUGUGAGCCUUCAUCGCUGCUAGAUCACAGUGUGGUCUCAUUCCUCACAGUAGAUGUCACUUUGUAUUAAAGUCAUCCAAGCACAAGCCGAUAAUUCUUAUUUGUUACCCGGUCAGGGGAAAAUUAAGUCGUACAAACAAAUUAAGCUAACAUAAUUGCAUCUCCAAUGUUGAGCCACUUUUCCACCUACUGCCUAUCAUGUUAAUUAAGAAUCAAUUCGCAGUUCCAUAGCUACGAUGAAGGCCCUCUCUUCUAUUCUCCUGGGAGCAGAAAACGACUGCCUAGUAGCCAAAGAGGAUUCAUAUUUUAUGGUCGUCAAUGAACGAGAACCUAAUGAAAUUCUUUAAUUAUGCUCUUCAUAGGCAUAGGUAUACAUGCAUGUGAUUUCAUAUGCAUUAUUUCAUCAUCGUCAUAUCAAAGAACAUAGAAGAUCGUACGCGUCGCCCGGAGCGCAUCAAAACAAACAAACAAAGAACAUAGAAGAUGCUAGAAGAAUAACUAUUCAAAUGAUGCACACACUAAGAUUUUGAAGAUGUAGUUGUAACUACUAAGAAUAUGGCUGCCUGCUCCACAUGCAGAGCUAACAGCGCUAUAAUUUUCCUCACAAAUAAUGUUUCGUUCAUAAGUAUGAAAAAACAAGUCAUGCAUAUACAAGAUUUCGGAUCUCAGAAUAUGAGCACUCAGACAUUCUCUCCGGAUGAUGACACGAUAAAAAUGAAGAUGUCUCGCAAUGCUUACAUGAUGACGAUGCUCGUUG